CCAUCAAUCAUAUGUGCAUGAAGUUGUGUACUCAAAGUGGUGUGUAAAACAAAAAACAGGUGGAGACACGGCCGCGCGAGACGCCAGUUGAAAAAUGGCGGACUGCGAGAAGGAGGAGGCACACAAUCUCCAAAUGGAGUUCGAGUGGGUGCUCCACGAAGAAGUGCACUCCUCAUUGUCGCAGCUCAGGAAUAUUUUGAUGGAAGUGAAUUUUAAGGUGCAGCGACAACAGAAUGUCAAUAUGAGAACAAGUAUUCAAAGUGAGCAUCCAUGGAAGUUGCAACAAAUUCAAGAUGCUGCUAAUCAUUUACAGCAAGGCAUCGCUCAUAUAGACAAUGUAGACAGACAUUAUCUUUUUAAAACGUCGGAUGAAGUUAUGCAUGUGCUAGGUAAUAUUUUGGGCUGCCUUCAGAGGAGCAGAACUAGCUUGAUCGUCCCUAGGAAGAAGACAAUUGAUGAUCUCAUUAAAAGUCGAAAUAUGAAAUCUCUCAAUCCGAACCUCCCAGAAAAUUUGGCCAUUAGCUUUUACAUUCAAAGCUAUAAACUAGUUUUAGCUGUUUAUCAGUUAGAAAAUGCUCACGGCAGUGUUAAGUACGAAACCCAGCAAGCAGAAUGCAGCGUACCAUGGCUGAAUGACGCUCUAGUAUUGCUUACUAUUGCCCUACAACUUUGCCAACGACUAAAAGACAAGAUAUGUGUCUUUUCUCAAUAUAAAGAUUUCACGGUAGGUUCUCGUGUUCCUUCUGCAAUGGGCUGGUAACCUAACACCAAGAUUCGUUUUCGAAUAAAAUUCAAUAUAAUGUACGAUGGUACAUGCAAGUGAGAAAGAUUUGGCCUCAACUGGUAACAUUUACUCUGGCCUUUGUUUUUACAUAUGUUAAUUGUUGUUCUUUCAUCGUAUUUCUCAUUGCACUAGAGUGUUGUUCUAAACGUUUUUAAACGUGAUUAUAGUGUGCGCCUAGUAUAGUAAUGUAUGAUAUAUUGUAAACCAUUAAGAUACCCGAUCAAAGAUUCAUAGAGAUGUGAGUCACCAACGGAUAACAACAAAUCAUUAUAUUAUUAGGCCAGAAAUGGAAGACUUUAAGAGCAUUUUGCCAAUUACUGGUGUGCCUAUCACCAUGUUAAUAUACUGUGUUCUUCCCAUUUCUGUGGUAGUUUUUCAUAAUCGUGUAAAUUUAACUUUGGCAUAUGACAUCUAAAAUUUGUCACUUUACCUACGAAUUGAUAGAAAAGUAUUUAAUACAUCUACUGUGAUUCUAGAAAUUUACGCUGUAAUCCUCUCCUUACUGGAUUAGAACAUAUUUUUGUAUAUUAAUUUUUUAUUUUCUUUAUUAUAUUCCUUGUUAUAAAUGUUUACACAUUGCAUAACCACUAUGUAGCAUAGUUGUCAACUUAAUUUUAUGGAACUAUUAAUUUAGAAAAUAAUUGUUUUUUUGUACUCAAGAUUUAUAUUCGUUUUAAUUCAGAAUAUUUGAUGAAAUCAUUUGAAUCAAAUUUCUGUCAAUGUCAGUAAUUUAUUAAUACCAGUAUGAUAAAUUACGUGAACAUUAAAAUGAAAAUUAAAAUCUAAAGUUUAAAAAAGAACGAUUUUUAACUUGCCGGACAACCUAAUAUUUGUCCAAUCACAUCAUUUCUUCUAAAUUUUAAAAAAGUCGAUGCAAUAACUUGGUAUCUUCGUGCUAAUAGGGCGUACUAACUUAAUGAUGACUACUGUGUGUAUAGUUAUGGAAAAUGCCAUUUUAUUUAUCAAAUAUUAUUUAAAGAUAAUAAGUAGACAAAUACCACGUGCCUCAUGAUUACGAAUUUGGAUAAAAUACCAAUACUUUACAUGAUGGUACAAUUUUUGUAAUCGGUAUUUUGAUUACUAAAAUAGUUAGCAAGGAUAUAAAUAUAUAUAUAAAAUAUAUUUAUAUUUGAAAAAGAGAAUAUUG